ACAAGAAACAGCGCCGGAGCCGAAAUUGCCGCGUGCCAGCUCGUUAUCCCAUAAGACUCCGCUGAGUUCACUGGGAUCCUAGCCGCCAUUUCAGCGGUGCGCUCGUCGACCGUUCAUAAGCACCUUAGGCCGCCUGCGCGCACGGACGUCCAUUGAUUGCGCUAACGAACGUUCACGAUUGAACGUGCUUAGCAAUUCCGUCCCCGUUCACAAGCUUCCAGCACUCAGGGGCUGUUGAUAAGUUGGUUUAGCAUCCAGAGGGUGUUUUUAGGGUUAUUUAGCAUUCAGGGUGUGAAGCAGUAAUGUCUCAGUCCAUGUAGGCGUGAUUUUAUUCUUUAGCGGUUUGUUUCGCAUACUACCAGCCGAGGCUUGGAUCAGUGCGUGUAGUGACCUUAUUUCUAGCAAUUUAUAGCGAUUCAUUCCGCGUUCUGCUAGCAGAGGGGUUUCGUAUAUCGGGGAGUUUAAGGACCCAGGCAAGUCGCUUAGGGCAAGUCGCAGAAGGCAAGUCGCAGAGGGCAAGUCGCAGAGGGCAAGUCGCCAGCAUGCCAAAACGCACCACGCGCACGUACUCGAGCGAGGACGCGGAGCCGCAGGGAGAUACCAAGGAGCUUAUAGUGUACUACUGCAAGCAGUGCGGAGCGCAUGUGCUUAUAACAGGCAAACAGUCAGCUAUCAGCGCUGCCUCGCCGCAAGACGGAUGGGGCGAUGGUGAUGGAGAGAGAGAAGCAUCUCAUGAGACUUAAUGUCAUGGAGACGGGCAAACAGCUGCUCAAGAGGGGUGAAGGGAAGGUGGAGCGACAAUACAGAAUGGGGUGCGGGGAGUGCGGAGUGAUGGUGGCUUAUAGAAGCGAGGAGAGCAUGGAGGGUGCCAAGUUCGUCUACAUUCCCUCUGAUGCUCUCACUGCUGCUGCUGCCGACACCAAGCCCCAGGACGCCCCCGUUCCGCCGUGCAUUCAAGAGCUGGACAGCGGAUUGGUCCAGGUGGCCAUAGAGGUGGAGGACAGGGCCCAACGCUCCGCUGUGCUGCGUACGUUACGAUACACUCGAUGGAAGAGGAUAGCGGAGAUUAUAAGGCCGAUUAAGAUUCCGAGAACGACCCGAAUGAUGAUUUUGACAGCACCCUCAACGACAUGUGAAUGUGCUCUAGUAGACCAAGCAGGCAUCAAUGCGGACGAUGUGCGGAUCGCAGUGACAGGAUCAUCGCAUAGGGGCAACGAGGCCAGCGCAGAGCUGGUGGAAUUCCUGGCAAAGACAUUGGGCCUUCGCUUGGUGCAACUGAGGCUGCAGAGGGGAUGGUCCCAUAAGUCCAAGAUGCUAAUGGUAGAGGACCUGACAGCUCGGCAGGUGUAUGAGAAGCUACUAGCAGCUGCACAACAAUGAACAAUUCGCGCUAUAGUGUGGAAUCCAUGCGUGCAGCUGCGUUCUAGUGAAAACUGGUAACCACAAUACUGGUUUCCAUUCCCCUUCACUGUUGAAAUCAGGUGGUUGUGGUACUCGAGCACUAUUUGUAUUGUUGGGCUGAGAAAAGCCCUUAGGAUCUUUCAGAGACUAAGUCCCAGUUGUAAAGGCUUGAGUAGUGCAGCGGAAGUUUUGAGGCAGUUGAACCCUUGUACUAGUAUAUGAGAACAAAAAAGCCCUUAGGAUCUUUCAGAGACUAAGUCCCAGUUGUAAAGGCUUGAGUAGUGCAGCGGAAGUUUUGAGGCAGUUGAACCCUUGUACUAGUAUAUGAGAACAAGUGAUU